UACUGUAGGCGAAAACGAAAGUUGGAGAAUCAAAUCGUUGAAUAUACAUUUGGGAAGAUAAAAGAAGGUAUUCUGAUGGCAGAAGGAGGUGGUUACAAUGUUUCAGUGCGGGGUUCUGAUGCAGAAUUUGAGUACACGUGCACACCGUGCACAGAAGACGGCAGCAAUCAAGAAGCAGUGAAAUACUGCCCGGAAUGUAAGGAAUUUCUUUGUGCAGCAUGUACAAAAUGUCAUAAAAAGUUUUCCGCAACGAAGAAGCAUAUCCUGCUUGAAAAAGACUUCCAGAAGCACAAACAUACUGUUGAAACCAGUGUGGGAGUAGUGAAGAAAAGAGAAAAGUGUGCAGCUCAUGUGGAAAGAGAUAUUGAGAUGUACUGCGGAUCACAUGACAUGGUUUACUGUGCUCUGUGCAUUGCUAAAGAUCACAGAUCAUGUCCGAAUGUAUUCGAAAUCAAAGAAGCAGUUGAACGCUUUUCUGUGCAGCCAGACGACAUUACAGUUGCAAAAGUUGAAAAUGUGGCGAAGAAAUUGGCAGAAACAAAACAAAACAAAAAUGAAAACGUCAAAAGUAUUGAGAUGGAAAGUAAUAACAUACUAAUUAAUGUUGAAGGAACAAAAGAGAAGCUUAUUAAGCAUGUUAAAAAACUUGCUGGAGAAACAACAGUAAAAGUCAACGCAGCACGCACUAAUCUUAAACAAGAGUUAGAAAAUGAGCGGGAUACCAUUGAUGAGAAUAUUUCAUUGGUAGAAAACUGCAGACGACAACUGUGUUCUUUGAAGCAGUUUGACAAAAGCGAACAGUUUGUCCAACAAAAGCUGCAAAAAGGAGUUUUACGUGCAGCUGAAACACUUCUUGGUGAUGCAGUGCAGUAUGAAUCAAAGAAAAUCACAUUCAAAGAGAAUGACGUUUUGAUCGACCAAAUUUUGACAGCUACUUCCCUGGUGCAAACAGAAGAAAAGAGAUGUCAGACAACACAAAGCAUGAAGCUACCACCUAGUGUUAAAUCAAAACAAGUUGUAAACGUGAGAGUGUCUGGUGAUGAAAACACAUGUUGUAUAUAUGGAAUAUGUCAGCUACCAGGUGGAACUAUUGUUUUGACAGAUUAUAAGAACUACAGGCUAAAAAGGCUUGACAACCAGUAUAAAGUCAGUGACCACCUUGACCUGGAUUCCAAACCUACAGGAAUUUGUUGUAUUGGUACAAAUGAGGUAGCUAUAAAACAGGUAAACAACAAGGUACAGUUUGUGUCAGUUGGUAGAAGUAUGUCAAAGACUAGUACAUUUGAUAUAGACUAUGGAGAUUAUCUUGGUUUUAUAUAUUUUGCUAAUACAUUAUGGAGUUACACUGUACAUGGCUUGAAUAUAUUCAGCACAUCCGGCACAAAGCUGAAAAGCCUCAAGGAUGACACCUUUUGGAAACACUUGUUUCCGUCAUCUGUGAGACCCAAGAUAUUCCCAGUUUGCAGUGAUAGAACAUUCGUGUACGUGUCAGACUUUGAUAACAUUGUUGCUUGUCUGGACGCUGAUGAGAAUGUGAAGGCGAUGCUGGCAGAUCCAAGUCUUAAAGGGAUAAGAGCUGCAUGCAUAUCCAGUAACGAUGUCGUAUUUGUGGCUGGAUUCUCCUCAAAUAAUAUCAUGAUGUUUGAAAGUGAUGGCAAAUGUCUCGGUGAAUUAGUAACUGUUAGCCAGCCACAGUAUCUAUGUUACGAUAGUGAGAAGGAUAAACUUAUUGUUGGUUGUUACGGUGACAAUAAUAUUGUGGUGAUAGAUCUCGAAAUCCCACGUACUGCUGUAAAGUAAAUUCGAAAUGUAUGAGGCUAUAAGAUUAAUGUUUUCAAAUAGUUAUUAUGGUCGGUAUAUUUUUGUGAUGGAUGAUAUACUAAACAAAAAGAGCUAAGCCACCCUUUGCUAUUUUGCCAAUAUCCUAGAAAUUAGAAAUUUCGGAAAAUACAUUUUUGAUCUUUAGCCUACCUUUAGGACAAAGUGUUGUGAACAAAUUCAACACAAUAAAUUUCAGAAAGCGUUCAAAUUAUAAUAUUGUUCAUUAUACUACCUUGUCCAAAUUGGAACAAGUCCUAGAAAACGCACAUAAAAGUUCUGAUAUUAGAAAACAAGUGAAUACGUUCUUUAAGAAUACAGAGGAUAACAUAAUGUGGUUAAAUAUCUCAAACAUGUUAAAUGCUCUUUUCAGAUAGGGCACGAUAAUACGUUAUUUAGUAAUAUUAUUCUGAGCAAGUAAGUAUUGUACAGUAUGCAUUCUGCCUCAUUAUGUCAUGUUUUCAUGAAUUGAGAUAAUAAACUAAUUAAAUUGAAUUGAUCAUUCACUAUGUUUCUAAAUGUUUCUCUUGAUACGAAAAAAAAUAUAUAUAUAUCAAAUUGCGGAUAAGCUAUUCUGUUCAGCGUACUGGAUAUUGUCGUAUGGUCAAAUAUCAAAUUCACAUGUAUUUCAAUCCUGCAUUCGGGAGCGGAUUGUGAUUGUUAUUUUACACAAAAACAAAAUCUUGGAAACGGGUUUUUUGGUCCUCUAAUUUACUAGUAGUAUGAAGUGAAAAGAUUAAAAGACAUAAAAAGAUACCAGUUGUUAUGUAACAUAAUAUAGGUGGUUUUUGAUCAGUUGUAUACAGUCGACGUUACAUGAAAGCGCAUUUGUGUUUCUUUUUUUUUUUCAUGUUUCUUUUUGUUUAUCAAUUUUGUCUAUGAAUAUUGUGUAUAUAUAUUAAAAUUUAUAGUCCUA